AUGAUUCAUUAAAAAGAAAUAAUAGUUGUUUCAUUCUCUAACUCAACAAAAGAUCAUAAUUGCUAAUGUCUUUUUUUAAAGAUGCAAAAUAUGAACAAUUAAUAUAACUAUUUAAUAUUCCUGUAACUAACUAUAAUUAAGUAGGAUGAUAUAGAUAUAUAUGAAAUUCAGACAAGCAUUUAUUUAGAGUAUUUAGCCAUUAUUUUAUUCUACCUAAUCAAACAUGAUUUAACAGUUUCAUUACUCUAUAAUUACAAAUCUAAGUUUAUCAAAACUAUCAUUUUACAUCACUAAAUAUGGAUGAAAUUUAUCAAACUUAAAGAAGAACCAAUUUAAAAACUUCAAUAAAUAUUAUCAACAUUAGAUUAAAUUUCAUUCACUAUAGUACAAUAGUAUGCUAUUAUCUAUUAUUUUUCAGCCACAUUGAUCAUUCUCAUCUAAGAAAUCAGUUACUUGAAUAUUUUAAACUCAAACAAUAUCAAAGCAACUUUUCAUUAUUUUCUUAAAUAAUAAUUAAAAAAAUACUUCCCUAUUUAAAAAGUCCUAAUUUAGUUUUUAAUCAUUUACCAAUCAAUUAAGAAUAGUAUACUCUUGUCUUAGAUAUGGAUGAAACUUUAAUUUAUUAUGAUGGUGAUAAAGUUUACUAGCGUCCAUUCUUAUUAACUUUCUUAAAACAAAUGAGCAAAAUCUAUGAAUUGACACUUUUUACAGCUGCAUUAGAAUCUUAUGCAAAUAAAAUUUUUAAUAAACUUACAAUCAAAUAAUACUUUACCUAUUUUCUAUUUAGAUAACACACGAAUAUUUAUAAAGAUUUUUAUGGGAAAGAUCUAAGAAAAUUAGGAAGGAAUUUAUCUAAAACCAUUAUUAUUGAUAAUACUCCUAAAUGUUUCAGUUUGUAACCAGAAAAUGGAAUUUAAAUUUUAACAUGGAAAGGAGAUCUCUCUGAUACAGUACUCUUAAUCUUAAUUCCAAUUUUGAAAGCCAUAAGAUUUAGUAAUAAAGAUAUACGAAUUAAAUUAAGAGAAUAUAAAAACUAUCCUGGCUUAAUUUUUCCUAAAUGA